AGGGCGGAAGCGGAAGUUGUGUCUGUUUGUGUUUGUCUGUGAGAGGAGCAGAGGUGGCGUGUUUUUAUUGUUUUUAAUCGUGACUAAAAGUUAGCGGUUCCCUCACACACACGGCCAUGGAGUCCGGCGGUAAGGACGAGGUUAAAGGAGCCGUGCUGCACAUCGUGGUGGUCGGCUUCCACCACAAGAGGGGCUGCCAGGUGGAAUUCUCAUACCCCCCCAUAAGUGAUGAAGGUCAUGACAGUAACUCGUUGCCUGAUCAGUGGAAGUACCUGCCAUUCCUCGCUCUGCCUGAUGGAGCGCACAACUAUCAGGAGGACACGGUGUACUUCCUCCUGCCCCCUCUGAGCGAGGAGAUGAAGUGUGUGUACGGCGUUUCCUGCUACAGACAGAUCGAAGCCAAGGCGCUGAAGGUGAGACAGGCCGACGUGACCAGAGAGACCGUGCAGAAGAGUGUGUGUGUGCUCAGCAGAGUGCCGGUGUUCGGUCUGAUUGCGGCCAAGCUACAGCUCAUCACUCACGCCUACUUUGAGGAGAAGGACUUCUCUCAGAUCUCCAUCCUAAAGGAGCUGUAUGAUCACAUGAAUGGUUCUCUACGGUUCCCGACUCUGGAGGGCUCCCAGGUGUAUCUGGGUUUAUCUGCACGAGAUUUAAUACUGCACUUUAAACACAAGGUCCUGGUUCUGUUUAAGUUGAUUCUGCUGGAGAAGAAGGUGCUGUUCUAUGUCUCUCCUGUUAACAGAUUAGUGGGGACCCUGAUGACAGUUCUCUCACUGUUCCCUGGUAUGAUCGAGCGUGGCCUGCCUGACUCCUCCCACUACCAUCCUAAAAGCAGCCAAUCAGAGACUACUGACAUCAUCAAGAGCGUAGACCUCACACAGAAUACCGAAGUGUUUGUCGCCGAGCCCGCAGCCAGCCAAUCAGACGGCUUCACUGGUACCAAGGCGAAUUCGAGCCCUCCUGAUUGGCCGGAUAGCGAGUGGGAGAGUCUGGACCCGAGCGUGCUGGAGGAGGAGGAGGAGCAAGACGGAGGAAGAAGUGCACAGGCGGAGUGUAUAGAGCCCGAGUCGAACACGCCCAUCACUGUCCAACCCAAAGCCACGCCUGCUCAGACUGCCCAACACACACACACUGACACACACAGUGAUGCACACCAACACACACCCCUGCUGGAGGAGGACCGGUGCGGCCUGCCGCUCGCCAUCUUCACCAAGGGUUACCUGUGUUUACCUUACAUGGCGCUUCAGCAGCAUCACCUGCUCUGUGAUGUCAGAGUUCGGGGGUUCGUUGCCGGAGCAACCAACAUCCUGUUCCGUCAGCAGAGACACCUGAGUGAUGCUAUCGUAGACGUGGAGGAGGGUGUGAUCCACAUCGCUGACCCGGAGUUACGGCGUGUCCUCAGCCUGACCACGGCUGACCUGCGUUUCUGUGACUUCCUGUUGAAGAGCGUGAGUGAGCACAGCGAGGACGUGUUUCUGGACGGAACCGGCUGGGAGGGAGGGGACGAAUGGAUCCGGGCUCAGUUCACACACUACAUGCACACGCUCCUUGCAUCCACACUACAGCAAGACAACGAGAAGCUGCUGGCAGAUUACGGCUCUGCGUUCAUCUCCACCUGGAGGGUCACACACAACUAUAGGGCAUGGUCCAGCACACACCACCCGACCAUCGCCGAGGUCACCCCGGGACACCCGUUCCAGGGGCAGUACAGCGUGGCGGACGUGAAGCUGCGUUUCUCACACUCGGUACAGAACAGCGAAAGAGGGCGGAGACUCGGCAGCGCGGUGAUGAGCACCAGCAGGAGUGUAGUGCAGACCGGCAGAGCUGUAGGUCAGUCUGUGGGCGGAGCCUUGAACAGCGCCAAGACGGUGAUGUCAUCGUGGUUCUCGACACUUUCUCAGCCAGCGUUAAUAUCGAACCCACAGUCUACGACAACAACCAAGCAGUGACUGCAUCUUUCCUCACACACACACACUCCGUCAUCAUUUUGUGCACUCUUAGAUCUAACACACUACUCUUCCAGUGUCUGGUGUGUCUUCACUGUCUGACCAAUCAGCAUUUAGCGCUGCCUCACCCUGACCUGAGCGUGUUUACCUGAAAUCAGCGGCCUUAACGUCUCUCGUCGAGAGUUCUGGAUGGAUGUCAAAUACGUGUAUUAUCUAUAUAUAUAAAAAAAUAUAAAUGAUAUAAAAUAUACAUAAUUGUAACUCUAUUGUGCGGUGUCUGCUAUAUGGGGAUACGUAUAGCAGACUGUAUCCAUGCAUCCAUUAUCUAUUCAUUUCUUUGUGUCCAUCUGUCACGUCACGUCUGUCUGAUGUUAAAACGUCCAAUCAGAAAUGCUGCGUAUAAUAAGAUAAAAGCGUAAUAUAUUAAAUUAUAUUAAUGAAAACUGAGAUCUAGCAGAUUAGAAGUCGCGACACCUGUAACAGGAAGUGAUAACUGAUCGCAUGCAUCAAUAAACACGAAUGCUGAGUGUUUUUUUUUUUUCACUAGUCCUAGCGUUCUCCAUCACAGAGACCACGCCUUGUUUACCAACGUCCAUCGUUUGGUGUCUCGUCCUUACGUCUAAGCCUACAGUGCAUCGGUGUAACUAGCAUGUAGUUUAGAAUGUGAGUGGGCUGUUAGGCAUGAGAUUAUAAACGUUUGUCUAAAAAUGGUCCCUGGCACUAUAAGGGCGUAAGUCAGAUUUGAUCACAUCACCACGAGGGUUUCAUGAAACCGUGACACCUUUCUGCUUUCUGAUUGGCUGCUCCGACACAAAUCGAGAGCUCCGCCCUCGUUGUGAUCUGGGACUGUUUAUUACAAGCUGUACAUCCAUGUGCUCUGUUAAUUUAGCCGUACAAUUUGUUUUUGAAGGGUUUCUGUGUAGCUGGGGGGGGGGCUUCCCCUCCAGUUUCGUCAUUGUUGUACACAUUUCUUCGAUGCACCUUCAGUUUUGUUUUUGUGGGGUUUUUUUUAGUCUUAAUAAAUCUGAAAGGAUUAUUUUCUACGA